AUGAUUUAAUCACACCUCUAAACUAUCUUAUUAAUUACACUUUUUAUACACGCUUUUCCUAAAGGGGAAUCUUUAUCUGAUAAAUUCAUUACCAAAUUAGAGAAAAUUUGUGAAAAUCAAUAAUGUUUGCAUUUACCCAAAGGAUUUAAUGACAACUGUAUUAAUUGGUGUGUAUCAUCCCUUUGUUUUCUAAAUACCUAUGAAGAUAUUCCAGAGGAUGGAGAAACAGAUCAUAAAAAGUAUAGAAUUCAAUACAAAUUUUAGAAACAUGUAUUUUAAAAAUUGCGUCAAAAACAUUCUCAAAGACUGUUAAACCUAAAAAAUUCCAUUCGAUAAUUGUAGAGAUAAUUUACAUAUUGACUUUACCAAAUAAUUAUGA